UUGAUGUCCAUGUCUGAGUUGCUGUCAUUGUUGUUCAUAUCUAGGUUGCUGUUAUUGUCAAUGUCUUAUUUGCCCUUUUGACUAAUUAAUAUUCACAUAGAGUUCACGCACGAAAAAACGUCUAAGUUGCUAUCAAAAGCUCUCCAUUGCUCGUUUACCAAGUACCAGUGCGGCUGAGUACCAACAACGCAGCUGUUUAUUUUCACUUCGGGCUUGGUUGGAGAUUGAGUAUGGUCAUCAGGAAAGUGGCAAGAGAAACCCGUACCUUUGGAUGAUUUCUUUUCGGAGAGGCUUAUCUAGGUUGUGAAGAGAGUAUUACACAUCAAUUCAAUCAUGUCCUCGACUACUGAACCACUUCAUUGGAAAGAGCAGCCGUGCCAUUUCACCUGGAAUCUUUCUGCUGGUGAUCUUACUGAUUUUGAAGGGAUCAUACGUAGAAUAGACCACGAUCUGAAAAUGACCCCAGAUUUGCUUCGAGUUGAUCAACUGCUGUUUAGAGCUUAUCUAGAAGUAUCCGACCGCAGAUUACGCUGGAACGUCAAGAAAGCGCGGAUUUUCCUGAACGAAGCAGACGAUUACAUUACUAAAACAGAACCAAAGUUGCAGCCUGGCCAGGACGAAGCAGACGAUUACGUUACUAAAACAGAACCAAAGUUGCAGCCUGGCUACAGAAGGGUGGCAAUUCUGAACCGUAUGUGGAUAGAGCACAACUCUCAUAAUACCAAAGAGGUAAACAAACUAUUGUCCAAGCUGAGUGGUUUAGGACAGGAUGAAACAGACGAGCUUGUUGUAAAAACGCUAUUGGCAAGUGCUCUUACACGUUUGGGGCCUACCAUGUACACGAGGGCUCUACAGAUCUACGAAGAGGCACUCCACGUGUUUCCGGAUAAUGCUGGCUUUCUAUUUGGAGCUAUUCUGGUAACCGGGAGGAUCAUGCGAUUUGAGAGACCUGUUGGGAGUUUGUAUGAAGACCUAGAUGAAUACGGCAUGAAGCUAAUGGACAAGGAGAAAGAAUACUGCGAGAAACUGAUCAGAGUAAACGACAAAUACCAACAUGGCAAUUCAUACCUAGGACUGAACUUAAGUCGACGCAGAGGUAGAACAGACGAGGCUAAAAAACACCUGGAAGAGGCACACAAACAGGCUCCCGAAGUGGAAGCUAUUUUUAACAACUUGAUGCGAUUUUACAGACGACGUGACACUGAUCUCCUGGAUCAGGCUAUAUUAAAAUAUCGUUCUGUCUUUUCUCAGAAAAUCAAAUCAAAUCAUGAUGUUCCGGAAAGCCACAAUCAGCUGGCAUUGUGCUACAUGUCUAAGGCCAAAUCCAAGAAGAGUAGCGCUGGAGAGAAAAAACAAUAUACCCAAAAAGCCCUCGAAGAGUUCGAUAAAUGUCUAGAAGAUGAACCGAUGCAUUUCGUAGCUGCUUUAAAGAAGGUGCAUCUACUUGCAGAUCAAGAAACAGAUGAUGAUGCGAAGAGGCGUUGUUACGAAGACAUUCUGCAGAAGUCGGAACAUUAUUCAACAGUCAACAAAUUAACUGUUUACUUUGAUUAUUCUAAGACAGGGUCUGCUUCAGACUUUAACAUGUUGCAAAAGGUAAUGGGCUUACUGUCAUCAUUUGAACAUCUUGAUGAAAAAACGUGCAAAUGGGAGUUUCAAGUAAGUAAGGCAAAGGCCGCAAGUGCGACUGCAUUUAAAAAGCUACACAGUCAUUACCUGGGCCAAGAAAAUGAAAAGCUACGUCUUGGAAUUUUGUACUUUCAAAACUUGGACUUUGAGGAGGCUAUACGGAAUCUAGAAAAGUUGAAUCCGGAAUCCGAUCUGGACAUUCCAUUCUACCUUGCGGCAGCGUAUCUAAAAUGGGGUCGUGGAAAAGAGAUGAGCAAGAAACCAGCAGAAGAUGUCAGAGAUUGUUACAAGAAGGCUCGCCGGAAUGUUUAUGAUGCAAGGAAGCAGGGUCUAGAUUUAAGCAGGGUGCGAAAGUUGUUGUCUGAUGCGGCUUUAGCUAUCGCCCAUUUCAACCUUGAAACAAACACAUCUCAGCAGAGUCGGAUUGAAGUUGAGUCUGAUUGUAUUGAGCCAUAUCGUGAAGCUGUUAGAUGUGGAAGCCUUGUCGCCAGUUUGGAGAUGUUACGACUGAUUAAGAAGGGGUUCCUCAAGAAAACGUCACGAUCAAAGUUCCUUCAGAUCCUUGCAGAAAUGGACAUCUGCUGUUCACAGCAGCCGAGUGAUUGCUUGCAUCGAGAUGAGAAACCACGUUCCUUUGUGAGUAGUGUGAAUAGUCGAGACACCGACAAAGACACAUUUGAGUUGGACUGCAAGAAGAUCAAGCAAAGCAUUUCGACCACGUUGCGUGAGGAUGCUUUCUUCAGGCAGGCAUGGGUGCAACACUUCGAAAUGGAGAAGAAAGUACUCGAAGAGAGAUUCCAGAUCAACAACGGAUGGUUAGCAAUGGAUGGACGGGAGGAAAGUUCAACCGAAAGCGUUUCCAAAGAAGAGAUGUACGCUGCCGUCGACUGCUGUGAGAAAUUACGCCCUCUGUUGGAUCACAUCAUUGUCAAAUUUGAGAAAGAUGGACUCGGUAUACAAGAAGAGAGGAGGGAUCAAUAUUUUCCUCUAACUGUUGGAGAGAAAGAUUCAGAGAAAACAGAGAAAAAGCUUCAAGAAAAACUUCAAUCGUACUUUGAGAUUAACUUUAAAGAGCACUACCCAAAUCUCUACAAGAAACUUGUUCAGGUACAGCCGUGCUACAACUCCGAGAACCCCUUUCUCGAAACACUCUUCACUCUGGUAAAUCAUGUCAAACACAGCGGAAUACACACACAAGCCAUCUUGAAAAUCUUGAAAGGUCAGAGUCCAGUGAAGCUUGCCCGACAGUGCAUCGAUAAAGUUGAAGAGAUAUACAACAUUUUUUUUGACGCCGUGACAGACUCGUCUGAAUUGCGAGAGAAGGUGGACAAGCUGGUGACUGAUUUGAAGGAUUCGAAACAAGAGCUGGACAAGACGUAUGACAAGGCAGAUGAACUUUUGAGGAUACUAUCAGACCGCAAAGAUUUCGUUGUAAGGAUGGGUAGUACCUGGAAACUCCUCGAGAAGCUGGCAGUAGUUCGAGAGAGGAGCAUGCAUAGAGGAAAAGAGGCAGUGAACAAGUUGGCCGAAGGGGCUCUUCGCAAGUCACACCUGGAACUUGAAGUGUCCAUAUUGCAGAAUGCUGACCUAAGUGCGAAUGAAGUUCUUAAGAAGUGUAGAGACACUUGCAGGGAGGCGGACAUACUAUUAAAGGAAGUGCUGAAGGCGAAAAUACAGGGCCACGACCCACAAGAUGACGCAAAGGUUCAGUUCCCUUUUGAAGAUAUGCACCCAGGAAGUGAUAUAAGUUCCUGGAAGGGAAAAGUAAAAAAAUGUAUUAAAAAAUAUAUCAAACAACUUGGAAUGACCCCUACUGACGACUUGCUGAAGGUUAUGUUACAGGCACAGCCAUGCAGCAGUGAGGAAAACUACAACUUUCUUCUCAUGCGAAAGUUCCUCAAGGAGUGCGAUGGUGCCGGUGAUUGCAUACCAAGUGAAGUUAGCAUACAGACAGAAAGCAAUGAGUUGAAGUCGCACCACGCCGUUGACCUUACUCGAUGGUGUACAGACAAUGCAGAGAAAAUUGCCUCCAAGGUUCAGAACUUGAUGACAAGUCGUUAGGCGCUGCCUAUAAUUUUGUCUGCCGUUCAGGCAACAGUCACAGACAGUCGUAGGUAGCGCGAGGUAAUUGCGACUGACUCACACACACACAUACUGGGAUCGAGGGUGUGUGUAUCGUCUCCGUAGCUACGCCGCGCUGUAACUACACACUGCGCUUAACAAUUACCGUCUUGACUACCAAGGUUCUGUCUACAGCUUAAAGAACUUCUUGCGUAUCCUUCCAUGUGGCCUAUCAUAGGUUUCUUUCAUUCAUUCAUUCAUUCAUUCAUUAUUGGUUUAUUCUUCAAAAACAAAAUCUCAAUGGCUACCAGAGAUCGAAUCCAGGAAAAUCUACAGAGGUACAGGUGUAUUACAAAUUAAUUUUAGGACAUUAUUGGUUUCGGAGGGAAAUAAUUAUUUACAAUGUAAACAAAAUUAUAUUAAUUUUUGGUUUUUACUCAUAUAUACACCGAUGUGUGAA